UGAGUGUGUGUGUCAGCUUGGGCAGCUGCUCCACAAAAAUAAACACAUCUCUUUUUUCUUCUUUUUUUAAUGUUCAUACCAAAUUGUCUUGCAUAUUGUUCGUUACCAAGCCUCUUUCCUUAGCUCAACUUAGUUGAUUCACAUUGUGUUGCAGCCAAGAUUUGUCCUUGGUAUAUAUCAAGCUACCUUUUUGACUGUGGCUUCUGCUGUCAUCGUUCCACUCUUUGCUGCAUCUCCAUGGAGCUAUCUGCGGAGCCACCGAGAGCAAGCAGCAGCUGCACCUCCUCGCCCGAGUUCGAGUUUUGGAUGGUCGGCAAGAAUCCCUCCACCUGCCAAACAGACUUCCUCACGGCCGACGAGCUCUUCGUCGACGGGGUCGUCCUCCCCCUCGACCUUCUCUCGCUCUCUAUUCCCAGCCAAGGCUGCGUUUCCCAUUGCCUUUCUGAGCCUGGAACCAACGUGCAGCCGCCAUCUGCUCCAAGCUCCUCUUUGGGGAGUGCUCCGCCAGCCUCCCACUCGAACAAGUGGAAAGAUCUCAUCAAGGCGGGCGAGAAGGCGUUGGAAGAGAUCAGGAAGAGGAGGAACCGGAUAAGGGGCGGCACGGGUGGCUCCGCUAAGUCCAGGAACGGUAUCUGGCCCUUCAACAGCAGCCACUCCUCCGCAAGUACCGGCACUGGCUCAUGGGGCAGGGCCAAAGCGGCGGUGACCCGACGCAGGGCCAGUGGGGAACCUUGUUCCCGGAGCAACUCCCGUGGGUUGUCCUCCGAGCCGCUGCCGGCCACCACCUCAUCUUCCUCGAGGUGGCCACUGAGCUCGGGCAGGAUGAGGUCUGCCGGAGGCUUCCAUCUCAGCAGGACCAAUCCAGUGUGGAAGCUUCGAGGGAAGACUGCUAAAACUCUUCAUGAGAAGGAGGCGAAUGUGAGCAGUGGCAUCAAAGACAGAACAGGAGAUGGAGAUGCUGGUUUUGGGACACGGAACUCCAGUGUGGAUAUGGGUUGUGAGGUUGAUCAUCCAAAUACGAGGCCCAGCGGCGGCGACGGCGGCAGCAGCGGUGGUGGAAGCAGUAGCGUUAUCUUAAUACUUAGAACUAUGUUCUCUAAGAAGGUUCAGUAA